AUGGUGCUUCAGAGCAGAGUGAAGGAGAGAAGGGGGCUGGAGAACUAUGUUGUGUGUGUGAAGACUUCAGCAGUGCUGGAGGUUAGCAGCUAUGUUGGAGGAGAGGUCUCCAUACACUGCUCUGGUAGCUGGACCAAAGACAACAGCUCCGAGCACAACAACAUGUACUUCUGUAAAGGAGUCUGCUCCAGAGAAAACAUUCUCAUUAAGACCGAGGGGAAAAGGUCGGCCGUCAAACAGCGGGGGAGAUACAGCAUGGAGGUCAACAGAGGAGAGGGAAUCUUCAAUGUGACCAUAAAGAAGCUGAAGAAGGAGGAUGCAGGGAGAUAUUGCUGCGGAUUGGAGAAAACCCUUGACGUGUUGUAUGAGGAGAUCAAUCUCAUAGUCCUUGAUGCUUCCACUGGUCCUCCUGGAUCUCCUACCUCCACCUCUACCCUGCAGACCGACUCAGAAACUCUGCCCCAAGGCUGCUCUCAAUCCAGCAGUGAAUCGUCGCCAGCAGCAUCAACGCUUCCCAAUACAGAAAAGACGAACCAGAAAGCAAGAAUCAACCUGACAGAUACGACGGUGGUCAUCAUUGUUUCUGUGAGCUUGGCUCUUCUGGUUUGUGCACUUAUUCCUCUUGUAUUCUACGGACACUGGAGGAGUAAUGCGGAAUGUCAGAGUAGACCUGAAGAAAACAUGGGUGAGGCUGAUUACUGUGAGGAAAAUGCAGAUGAUGCCUGCACUCAGGACAUGGUGAAGCUGCAGUCCUUACAACCAGAUCCAGAGUCCAGUGCUCAGGAUGGCUCUCAGUAUGCUGCCAUCUACCAAGCACUUGAUCCCAAAACUCUGGACUGA